AUAAUCGUAACGUUUACGUCACCUGCUCUAUCUGUUGGCGUGUGGUGUUGUGUUGACAUGGUGCCACGCUACAUUCCACCGCCAUUAAAUCAUUUCCCAGAUCUUGUCAUUACUUUUGACCCCACUAACCGUUUGUCGGUCGGUAUCAAUUUCAAUAUUUCAUCAUCCAUAACCGAACCUUAGGGUUUGCUGUUAAUCAAUCACUCUGGUUUCCAAUUCAAAUGCUCUGUUAGGGCACAUAUGGCGCCACUAAUCUAUACUCGCAGAACCUCUGCUUAUAUCUCUGCUCUCACUCAAGCCAUCGAUAAAAAGCUUCUAAAGGCACUUGAUUCGCCAACUCAGAGACGUGAUUUGUUACAAGAGUUGUUUGCAGACAUAGCUUUAGAAGUUGAUGAUCGUGCUAGAGAAAUAAUCCUUGGCGGGGAAGAUGCAUCAGAGGUGCAAAUGAAGGUUCCAUUAUGCUUUUAUGACGUGCUUGCCGAUCAUUUUGCGUCUGAACCCGAUGAGCGAGGAAAACCAAUACUUGAUCUCAUUGUUCAACUAUGGAGCCAGCCAUUUGCCUCCCAUAUUUUCGCAUUAUUGUUCCAUAAAUGGCUGUUUGAAGUCCAACUUGAUAGUUCCGAUCUCCUCCUUCGCUACUCUUCGGCUCUUGUCCAAGGUGCUACAAAUGUCUUAUGGAUUGAUAUCCAGACGAACACAACCCAUUUCCAGAGUCUUUUCCUGUAUCUUCUAGAGGAUGUUGCAUUGGUGCCCAAGAAGUUAAAGAAAAUUCCUUUGCAGGCGCAACGAGAUCUGUUUCUUCUCCUUUCAAGAUUCAUAUUCCUUUAUAACUAUGCUGAAAAGCUUGAAAGCUUCUUUCAGAACUUUCCGGAGUUUCCAAAUGCUUUCUUGGUAGGGGGUCCCGCAGAUAUUUUCGUUAUUGAACUAACUGAUCAGCUUCAAAAACUGAAAGUGGAACCUGUGCUUUUACAUUAUCUAUCCCACAUCAAAGUUCUACGGGGUGGUUCAGGUCUAGAGUUGAGGAUGACAACUAGUACCAGACUUAAAACUUGCUUGUACAGCUUCACUUCUCCCGGUGGGCCCAUGUAUCCAACGCGAGCUGUUCGUCAUGCGGCCUGGGAUGCUCUUGAUUUUCUUUUCCCGGUUGGGCGAUAUCCUCGACAUAUUAUUAGCCUCUUUUUUCGGUUGUUGUAUCCUUGGUACUGGCCGUCAUCUUGUUGGAACUUUGUGUGGUCAUGCAUACAGGAGAUGCUGUACUCGAUUACAAGGCGAGUAUUUCCUAGUCACAAGUUAAGUUAAGAGACGGCCACGAGUCUUAAAUUUGGGUGGUUUGAGCAGUUCUUCUUGUGGUGUGGUUAGAUGUUAAAGUAUGUUAUAGUGUUGUUAAUCAUAACAGGCAUGGAUAUAUCUUUUUGUUAUUCAUUUCUUUUAGGGUAAAUUACAUUUUUCGUUCUUUA